AUGGAAACGUCGUUGGUCACACCAUUUCGUCUCCUAAAACAGUAUAAGCUCAGGCUUCCACUGCAACAUGCCUUCUUCACUGCCUCUCGUUUCAUUGAUCCUCCCAAACCAGACAUUCCAUGUUUUUCAUCAGAUGGUGAAGGCAAAACCGCUGCUGUUGCUGGAAUAGUUUCGUCACCAACACCGAAGUCGUCGGAGUCAAUUGGUGAGGAUGAAAAUGGUGAAGCUGUUGCUAUCGAUACUAUGGACGAUGCUGCUAGUACUUUGUGGGAUUGCAUUGAUGCCAAUGAGAUGAAGAAGUUUCAUUUUUUGAAUCGGCAGGUAGCAUAUGAGUUCUACAACUUUUAUGCUAGAGUGAAGGGGUUCUCAAUAAGGAAAAGCAAGAUUUUCAGAAACAAGAAAGGUGUAAUUGUGCGCCAAGACUUUGUGUGUCAUAAGGAAGGUUUUCGCGAAGAGAAAAACAGAAUGAGGGAAAACUGUAAGAGGGAAACUAAGGUUGAGACAAGGUGUGGGUGUUGUGCAAAAAUGAGAAUUCGUUUGGUGGGUGAUAGUGAUAGUGGUAGGUGGCAUGUUAACUUAUUUGGAGAUUGUCACAAUCAUGCACUGUUAGAGGGAAAGCAAGCAUCCAUGUUACCAGCACAUCGGAAGUUAAAUGAAGGCGAUAUAUUGGGAAUGAAUAGUAUGCGGAAAGCUGGGAUUAGCACCACACAAAUAUACAACUUUAUUGCUGACCAAUCCGGGGGUUUUGACAAAACCAAUUUUCUCAAGGUUGACAUGUGCAAUCAAUUGACCAAACAGAAACAAAAAGAGCAGUGUGAUGCUAAAGCUGUUUUGGUGUAUUUGAAGGGACUUGGUUCAGGUGAUCCAGGCAUGUUUUGGUCACACCAUGCUGAUGAACAAGGCAAUUUGAAACAACUGUUUUGGGCUGAUGGGAUUAGUCGAAUGGAUUUUCAAGUGUUUGGCGAAGUUCUAGCGUUUGAUGCAACUUACCGGAAGAAUAAAUAUGGUUGCCCCAUUGUUGUUCUUGUUGGAGUUAACCACCAUUGCCAGACUAUUGUGUUUGGAACUGCAGUUUUGACAAAUGAGAAAGAGGAAAGCUAUGUGUGGGUACUUGAGCAGUUUUUGGCAGCUAUGAAGGGUAAGGAACCAAGUGCAGUUAUAACUGAUGGUGCUCCUGCAAUGCGGAAUGCUAUUAGUCGAGUAUUACCUAGAGCUCAUCACCGUUUGUGUGCGUGGCACCUUUUACAAAACGCACAGAGAAAUGUGGGUGACCCUGUUUUUGUGAAAGGUUUUAAAAGCUGUAUGUUGGGCAAUCUAAGUGUUGGGCACUUCAAAAAAAAAUGGGUACAAUUGGUUAGCGAUUUGAACCUUGAAGACAAUCCAUGGGUUCAAGGGUUGUAUGAGAAGAGGCACAUGUGGGCUACAUGUUUGAUGCGGGGUAAGUUCUUUGCCGGUUUUCGAACGACAUCUCGCUGCGAAGGUAUGCAUUCACAAAUUGGUCGCAUUGUGCGAUCUCGAAAUAGCCUUCUUGAGUUUGUUCAGUAUUUUGACCUUUAUGUCAAUUACAUGCGAUGGAGUGAGGUUGAUGCGGACUACAAGUCAGUGGUAGGGGAUGCUGUGCCUAAGACUAAUGUUCGAGCACUUGAAAAAUGUGCUGCAGAUCUAUAUACUAGGACUGUUUUCUUAAAAUUCAGGCCAUGGCUGAACAGUGGUAGUGUAAUUAAAGUUGCUGCCAUUAAGGAGACAUCAUCAUGUAUGAUAUAUUCCAUGUACAGGUAUUGCAAACCUGGUAAGUUGUGGCAUGUCGCACACGAUGUACAAGUGUCCACGUUUAGAUGUUCAUGUCAGCGGAUGGAGACGUUUGGUCUUCCAUGUGAUCAUAUUAUUGGUUUGUUGGUGCAUUUGGACAUUGAUGUGAUACCUGAGAGUUUAAUAUUGCAGAGGUGGUGUAAGUCAGCAAAAGAUUGUAUGAAAGGAAAUUCUGAAGCCUCAUACAAAUUCUGGGAGUCAACAGUUCUUGCUAGGCUGGGUUCUUUAGUCAUGAGAAGCAGGGAGAUGUUUAAUCUUGGGUGUGAAUCUAUGGAAGAUUACUUGGACACAGUUGAUGUAAUGGCAAAGCAUGUUAUGAAACUUAAGGCAAAAAAGGAAGCUGCCCUUGGAGCUGGUGGUGAGAACCUUGAUGAAGUGGUGGAUAAUGUCACAAAUCCUGUCGUAGUGAGGAGCAACGGACCAGGUGGAACCUCAACUGGGAAUGGAAACAAGGGGAAAAGAAAGUGCACAGUGUGUAAGGUGGAAGGCCAUAACAGGGCAACAUGCCCCCAGAACAAACGAGCCAAAGUUUGUAAUGAAGCUGGAGCUGGUCCUUCUACUGCCUCCUUGGAACUGCAUAUGGCUGAAUGUGUUACAAUUGUGAUGUUCCUAGGGAUUCUAAGGCCUUUUGUUAUGCAAACUGUGGUUGUAGUCAUAUUAAAUCCCAUCUUUCAAAUAAAGUUGCCUGGUACUGUCAUUAUUAUAAGAAAUCAUGUGGUUUUAUUUUUUAGACUGCAUAUGUUACUGGAAUGUUUGGAUAUUCCCUCACAGUUAUUGCAGUAUAAAUGUAUAGUGAAGCCAAAUGAGAUAUCUGUGUGA